AUGGCGGCAAGAGAGGAGGAAGGCUCGGCGGCGGAGCCGGAGCAGGAGGAGGAGCCGGGGCCGGUGGCGGAGGAGCCACGGAGCUUCAAGGACUUGGGAGUCACAGAUGUCCUGUGUGAAGCUUGUGACCAGUUGGGAUGGAAGGUGCCGACGAAGAUCCAAAUUGAGGCAAUUCCAGUGGCUCUCCAAGGCAGAGAUGUCAUUGGACUGGCAGAAACUGGCUCUGGGAAAACAGGAGCCUUUGCUUUGCCAAUUCUCCAAGCACUGCUGGAAACACCUCAGCGAUUAUUUGCUCUUGUGCUCACACCAACGAGGGAGCUGGCCUUCCAAAUCUCAGAGCAGUUUGAAGCUCUUGGGUCCUCCAUUGGUGUUCAAAGCACGGUUAUUGUGGGUGGAAUUGACACGAUGUCUCAGUCCCUGGCCUUAGCCAAGAAACCACAUGUUAUAAUUGCAACCCCUGGCCGUCUGGUUGAUCAUCUGGAGAACACCAAGGGCUUCAACUUACGAGCUCUGAAGUUCCUGGUGAUGGAUGAGGCUGACCGGAUCCUUAACAUGGAUUUUGAGACCGAGGUGGAUAAGAUAUUAAAAGUGAUUCCUCGAGAUAGGAAGACAUUCCUAUUUUCUGCCACCAUGACCAAGAAGGUUCAAAAACUCCAGCGUGCUGCUCUGAAGAAUCCUGUUAAAUGUGCUGUUUCUUCCAAGUAUCAGACAGUUGAAAAACUACAACAAUACUAUAUUUUCAUCCCCUCCAAAUUCAAGGACAGCUACCUGGUUUAUAUCUUGAAUGAACUGGCUGGUAACUCUUUCAUGAUCUUCUGCAGUACAUGUAACAAUACUCAGAGGACUGCUCUGCUGCUCCGCAACCUGGGCUUCACUGCCAUUCCCCUCCACGGGCAGAUGAGUCAGAAUAAACGUUUGGGCUCUCUGAACAAGUUCAAGGCAAAGGCACGUUCUAUUCUCCUGGCUACUGAUGUUGCAAGCAGAGGUCUGGACAUCCCACAUGUGGAUGUGGUGAUAAACUUUGAUAUUCCUACACACUCUAAGGAUUACAUUCACCGUGUUGGGAGAACAGCUCGAGCUGGGAGAUCUGGCAAAUCUAUCACCUUUGUCACACAGUAUGAUGUAGAGCUGUUCCAGCGCAUUGAACACCUGAUUGGCAAGAAGCUGCCAGCAUUCCCCAUGCAAGAGGAAGAAGUUAUGAUGCUGACAGAGCGUGUGGCUGAGGCCCAGAGAUUUGCUCGAAUGGAGCUGCGGGAGCAGGGAGAGAAGAAGCGAUCUCGGAAUGAUGAUGAUGACACAGAAGAGGCUAUUGGUGUCAGGAAUAAGGUGGCAGGAGGGAAAAAGAAGAAAAGGAAAGCCUAGUUUGGUAUUUGAACAAACUUUUUUAUUUUUCUCUUUAUGGCUAUCUGAGCUAUCAAAAACAGUCUACCAAGCCAUCUCCAGUGGAUUUUUUUUCAGAACUACAAAUGAAAUUUGGCAGUUCCUGCUCAUUCACUCUGAAGUGCAGUGUGAGUACACCUUUUGCACUGCUGCAGCCUGUCCCACUAUCCAAUCUCUCUGAGUGCAUCUGGAGUCUGAUCUGCCAGAAGAAAGAGGAAAAAGUUAAAAAGAAGUGACUGAGUUUUCACAGCAUAGCUGUGAUGCCCUUGCUUUGGAGAACGGAUGUGUUACAUUGAGGACUCAAAAUGUAUUUUGCCUAAUUUUAAAGCUACCUGGUUUUCCUUGUCUUGUCACUGACCUGUUCUAUUCACUUUGUGUAUCAGCUCUGCCAGAAUGUUUUCUUCUUGGGUCAAUCCUAGCAAUUCAGAUGUGCCAUCAAUACCUUAGAUUUGUCAGCUGAGGAGCAGUCCAGCACAGAGAACAAGCUUCAGCAAGAUGAAACAUUCACUGCCUGGAAUUCCAUCCAAUACCUGCUAAUGAUUGACGCCAUCAAGGAUAGGUCUGGGUUUUGGGUGGGGUUUUUGUGGCCGAUUCUCGUAGUACUUACAAGUGAACACAAGAGGGAGGUAUUUACGCGGGAAAGCAACUCAAAGCUGGGAGGUGCAGAAAAACAGGUAUCCUGGAAAGCUCUUUGUUUCCCUGGGCAGGGAAUUUUGUUACUCUUAGGCAGAGUUCUAUGCCAGACAAGUAGACUUUUGCAAGAAUGAGAUAAGUGUACUUGAUACAAAACCAGAAGGUUACUGCUAGUUCUCAUUGACAAUAAAAAUUUUCAUACAGGAUGUUCCUGUUGGUAGGCAGAGUGAGGAGCUCCUGCAUAUGUAAAUUUACUGAAAACAUAAUGUCCAGUUUUCAUAAACUGGAUUUUGUGCUACAUGAAAAACAACGUUCAAAAUAGUCCUUUUUAGAUCUAAAUGGAAAGCAGAAACUAUUGCAGUAGCCAAAAUGAGCACAGUGGUUAUUUCACACUGUUGGCAUAAAUCUAGUAUCUAUAUGUAUGCUAGUCAGAAUGCUUUUACACUUUUGUUAGGGGCAGCACGUUCUGCAAAGAAAUGCCAGAAGACCUAGGUCUGUUUUUUCAUGAGGUACUGAGAUACUCUUUGGAGUAAAAACAGUGACAGUGUUCUCACUCUUUAUUUGUGAUGUAGCAGUUUACUUAAAUGUCCCAAACAUCUUCAAGUCUGAUAGCUCUAAAAUGGUCUUGAGUAAGUGGCAGAUUUUAAGUGUACAAAUCUUGGGUGUGUUCACUGCUAAGAGCCUUUUCUGUAAAGGAGAAUGAGUGUUUAUCUUCCCUGGGUCCUAGCAUGUCGCAGACAUCUUUUGUGAAAAAUCCUUUCUUUAGGAUUUUCCCUCUUCUGGGAAGCUGAGGCCCCAGAAAGAGAGUGUAAACAAUGGUUGUCUGCUGCUGUGGAAUGCAACAGGUGCACCUGUAAUUGGCCCAUGUUCCAUGUUUACAAUUAAGGGCCAAUCAGAGAGUGAGCUCUCUCUGGGACAGAAUCAGAGAGAGCUCCCUUGUUUAUUCAUUCCCAUGCUAUUCUUAGCUUAGCAGCUUCUGAACUUCUCUCUCUAUUCCUGUUAGUAUAGUCUUAAUGUAGUAUAUAUCAUAAAUUAAUAAAUCAGCCUUCUGAUCAUGA